GCCGAAUUGAGGGCCAGUCGACGCGAGCGUUGUAUAGCGUCGACCCGCUUGAACUGACGCUACGAAAAUCGUAUUUUAAGUUUCGAAAAUUAAUUUAAUUCCGGCCAGUGACAAAUUAAAAAAGCGAAAGUGCAAGUGAAUGUUAGUGAUCUAAAUUUGAAAAAAAUAAUUGAUCGUAAAUCCAAAACUAGCAAUUACUUCGAUAAAACACGACGCGGUCCUCGAACAAGUAAUAUUUAAAUAAAAAAAUAGUGCUCAAAACCUGUAAUCGAUCCAUGAAAAAGCAAACACAAAAAGCGAAAAGAAUUCAUUCGAAAACCGAGUGAAUAGAGUGAAAAAUGUUCGAGGCGGAUUAAGUUCUGAAAUUAAAAAUGGAAUGAGAGUUUGUGGAUUUUUUCAAUCCGCAAUGCCGUCUGCUCUGGAUAUUGACCCGUUCAGCCAGCCGGAGUGGAGUGACUCUAGUGAUUCAACCGAACCAGCCCCGUUGCCUCAACUGGGCUAUUUUGUACCUGUGAGGUGCAGGUGCGAUGCACGAACGCAACACGUGUGUCGGAGAAAUAGAAGAGAAUCUCCCCGUUCCCGUCGUUCAAUAUCGCAAUGCUCCUGCAACAGCAUCUCACGGCGAUCAUCGGCCGCAGCGUCUCCGGUACCACUGCCUCCACUCAACAACACCAUGGAGAUGUACGUCGAGCCCGUCAUCGAAGAUACGGCAGAAAGAAAUUCCGGCUGGGAGACUCACAGAGUGCGUUUAAACAGAGUCCCGAGCUAUGGAUUCGGUAUCGCAGUGUCUGGGGGCAGAGACAACCCCCAUUUCGCUAGUGGGGACCCUUCGAUUGCAGUGUCUGAUGUUCUGCGAGGAGGACCUGCGGAAGAUAAAUUACAGGUUAAUGACCGGAUAGUAUCAGUCAAUGGCGUGCCCCUAGAGAAUGUGGAGUACGCGCGAGCUGUGCAAGUGUUACGGGAAUCUGGGGCUACAGUUUCCCUUGUAGUGAGAAGACGUGCACCCGCACCACCACCAACAGCACCUACCUCUAUCAAGCUGGCUCUGACGAGGAAUGGGAAGAAGGAAGACUUUGGAGUCGUGCUUGGGUGCAAAAUAUAUGUCAAAGAGUUGACGAUGCGCGCUCGUGAACAAUUAAACCAGGCGGGGCAGGGCCUCUGCGAGGGUGAUGUGAUCUCUCGAAUUAAUAACACACCAGUAACAGACGCCAUGACACUGAAAGAAGCAAAGAAAUUAAUAGAUUCCUGCAAAGAUCGACUUAAUUUGGUCAUCACAAGGGAACUUAUAAGAGAGGAGACCGUUACUAAUGGAAAUUAUCAUAACAACUAUAGUAGUUUAGAAGCGACACCACACAACGCAUACCCGAACAACAGUGGGGAAUCUCUUUCAUCUCCGUACUCAAGCAGCGGGCAGAACUUGUACGUAGCGGCUCCAGUCCGAGGGUCAGACAAUCGCCGAGGCCAAAUGUCAUUGGACGAUCAGCCACCGAGACCACCACCUCCUAGGAAUGAUGAUUACUACAGCAGUCGAAGACAGCUCUACGAAGAAGAUGGCAUGACUAAUCAAAGGAAUAAAACGCAGACUGAGCCGAGACUAAUAAGCUUCCAGAAGGAAGGAUCAGUGGGUCUUCGUCUUUGUGGCGGGAAUAGGUCUGGCGUGUUUGUGUCAGGAGUGCAGCCCGCCAGUCCUGCCGCCUUGCAAGGCCUGCAGCCCGCUGAUAAGAUACUCAAGGUGAACGACAUGGAAAUGAAGGGUGUGACGCGCGAAGAAGCGGUCCUAUUUCUGCUGAGUCUGCAGGACCGCAUUGAUCUCAUCGUGCAGCAUUCGCCUGAAGAAUACAAUUCUGUUGUUAGUGGACAAAUGCCUGGCGACUCAUUCCACAUAAAGACCCAUUUCCACUACACGGAACCAACUGAUGGCGAGAUGUCGUUCCGAUGUGGAGACGUCUUCCACGUUGUGGACACGCUGCACAAUGGCACUGUAGGAGCGUGGCAGGUUUAUCGGAUAGGUCGUAAUAACCAAGAGGUCCAAAAAGGCACGAUUCCUAACAAGGCGCGCGCUGAAGAGCUCGCAACGGCUCAGUUCAACGCCACGAAGAAAGAGAUGUCGGGCAACGAUGGGAAACAUAACUUCUUCAGGAGGAGAAGAUCUACGCAUCGUCGGAGCAAGAGUCUUGGGAAGGAACACUGGGACGAAGUGGUUCUCUCAGAUAGUAUAAGUAAAUUCCCCGCAUAUGAAAGGGUUGUAUUGAAGCAGCCAGGGUUUGUCAGACCCGUGAUUAUUUUGGGCGCGGCCGCUGAUAUCGCAAGAGAGAGAUUGCUUACCGAGAAUCCUGAUAAGUUCGCAUCGCCGAAAAUGGAUAGCACCUUAGAAGACAAUAAGACAAAGUCGUCCGGAAUUAUCCGGUUAUCCAGCAUCCGAUCUAUAAUGGAGCGUGGAAAGCACGCACUACUGGAUAUAACGCCAAACGCAGUUGACAGAUUGAACUAUGCGCAGUUUUAUCCCAUAGUCAUCUUCCUUAAAGCGGAUAAUAAACAUAUCAUCAAAACACUGAGAUCGGGAUUGCCUAAGUCAGCCCAUAAAUCCUCAAAGAAGCUACUAGAACAAUGCCAACACAUGGAGCGGGUUUGGGGUCAUGUCUUCACUCACACCGUGACCCUAAGCGAAGCGAACCUUAACACUUGGUACAACAAGUUGUGUGACCUGGUUCAGAGGACCCAGCAACAGCAAUUAUGGGUCUCGGAGACCAAGCGACCAGAACCGUUAUCUGAUGACUUCUUGUUCUCAAUGUCCUCGAGUACGGAGAACAGGCUGUCGUAUGCGUCUAGUCCCGAAAGCGAUUUGGAAGUGAGUCCACCAGCGCCAAGGCUUGUCAAGUCGUCAUCUGAUCCUUCCAUAGCAACGACGCAGGACAACAUGGAUCGUGAUGAAGACAUAAGCCAUAUGGUGGACGCAGUCCCUCCGCCUUACACGCAAAGUGGCUACGAUAGCAAAUAUGGAUUCGCGUCAAACACAAAUGGUCAAUCGAACGGCGUCAAUCAUACUCACAUGCCGACCAAUAACGAAGCACCGCCAUAUCAAUGUAAUCCGAUGUCACAGUCGCCGCCACAUUCGCCGUUGUAUGGAACUGUACCCGAAUUGCCACCUCGUACGACCAAUCAGUCGCAAGUGACGCGUCCAGCGGGUGGAGUUUUGCUACCUGCUCCGCCGCCCGGUCGCCCACCGCAUUCACUAAGACAUAAUCCCACUAGCCGACCAAGUGCGCAAGAGCGACUUUUCGGUCCGCCGAAGGAGAGCAGCGGCGAUGAAACUGCCACGUACUCAGCGCGGCCGACGAGUAUGGUGAUACAGCCCACACAAGGCUCACUUGAUAGACAUCGACAACAGCAAACGUCAUACGACGGCACAUAUGAAUACAAUAGUAACAACCAACACAAUACCAAUAUGGGCUCGCGUUUACCUCCUAACGCGCCUGACGACUUAAAAGUGGCUCCCUCUAUUUUUGAAUUUUGCAGCAAAAUGGAACCGCCUUCUAACCCAAACAGCCUGACACAAAGUCCGCAACGCAACUCCAACUCGUUGGAGCAUAAUCCUCUUGACUACCGACCGCCAGAUAACACGUACAGUAGGGCUCCGAACGGUCCAAACGGUCCGAAUGGUACGAGCGAGUAUCGGCGUGCGUUGCCGAACGGGGUUCACACUGCUACUCACGCACGCGGCCCGUCACUGCCUAACGUCACCACUAACGAUCAUAACAAGUACAGCGCUAGAACAAACUCUGUAUCCCAAGCUGACUAUGCGCGUGCGCCGCCAUAUAAGCCAGUGCCGCCGCCGAAACCCAAACAUUACCGCCCGCCCGACAAUCACCCGCCUAGGAAUGGGAACAUGGAGCCAAGCCAAAUGGGCAAUAUGAUGCCCCGUCCGCCGGGUCCAAUGGGCCCUGGACCAAUGGGUCCGCCCCCUCACUACUCUCAUUCACACUCACACUCCCAACCCGCGCAUCAGCCUCCGCAUCCGCAUUAUCAACAGGGUAUGUACAGUGGUCAAAUGGGUCACCAGCCCCAAUCCCCACCAUACUCAGGACCACCGUCCCACCAUCGAGCCAUCAAUUUGCCCCACAACCCGCACCUUAUUGAUUUAGCCGGCAGCCGUGAGCAAAGAGGAUCCGCAUUCGAACUGUAUAGAAAGCCGCAACACAUGCACAACUUGAGCUCAUCCGAUGCCAUGAACUCCAGCGCGGAGCCCGAUGAAACAUUCUCACCAAAAACUAAAAAGAAAUUGUCUAAAAAACCUUCGUUCAUUAAAAAUGCCGUCCUCGAUCUUUUCCGCUCGAAAAAUAAAAAAGUGUCUCGACAAAAGUCAUUGUGCGAAAGUGACUUGCAACAGAGACAUGGUCAAAUACCGAUGUUGAGACGAGAAAAAUCCGAUUUAAGCGACUUCUCUAUUCAUAUGAGAAACACGCAGAUAAGAAAUCAAAUGUUACAACGUAGUAACUCGUCGUGUGAAAAGCCUUUACUAAAACCGAUUCUUAAAAGGCAAAGUUCAUUCUGUGAUGAUAGGAAUGGCUCCAUUUGUACAGUUAGAGAUUAUGAAGCCAAACCAACUUUAAAAAGCCUUAGAAGACAGAAUUCUAUGUGUGAAAUAGAAACCGAACCUAAAGUUACCCCCUUGUUACGCAGACAGAACUCUCUUAUAGAAUAUAAUAGAAGAGGUAUCUACGGACAAACCCCAAGCUUUAACAUGAUUACCAAAAUAGACCCGAUUUACCAAAGACAACAACAAAAUAAGCAUGAACCCUUCUAUCCAACCCAACCUCUACCUCCAGAACCAGUAUACCAAAGUAAGGAACAUGUAAUUUAUGAUCCUAUUCCUAAGCCUAAAAGAACUUACUCUUCUAUAUAUGACACUUCUAGUGAGAAUCCGUAUGCGAGUAGAUCGGAAGUAUCCAGUCAAGGUUACGAAAAUCCAUACGGAAACCGUGAAACGGUAGCAAUGCCCCUUAUAGAUCCACCAUAUACAACGCGAGCAGAGUGUAUACGGGAAAAUCCCUAUGCAACUAGAAAUGAAGUCAUGGAAAAUGCAUAUGCUAAGCAGGAAAUACCGCGAAAAACUGAGAGCAUUUACAAUGAGCCACCAUAUGCUACUAAAGAACAAAUGUUAAGACAAAGAAUGACAAAUGAAAGUCCUUACGCUACUAAGGAAGAUAUGCUUAGGCAAAGAUUUUCAGAGUCUCCUUAUAAUACGAGGGAAGAAAUGCUUAGGCAAAGAUCGGAUAGUUCAGUUACGAGUAAGGAACCAAUUUAUGGGAAAAGAACCUAUGAACCUCCGCCAAGUACUUCCUGGUCAGAGAAUCCCUAUGCAAUACGCCCAGACAGACGCCUGCAUACACCUGUUACAUAUCCUGGUAGAUCUUCUCCGAUGAGUAAAUGCAUGAGUGAACCACCAUACAUUAGUAGGUCAGACAUGCUAGCAAGAAUUAAUCAGACUGAAUCGCCGUAUGGUACGCGAACUCAAAUGAAAUCGAGUUUUUCGGACUAUGGCACCCGAAAUGAAUUAUUUGAUUUACCACAGCAAGUAAGACCAGCAUCAGCGGAAUGUACAUAUGUCUCUAAACAAGAAAUUUUAUCGCAGAAAGCAGCCUUGCUAGCUAAUAAAGAAUCUUCUUAUAGUGCUAAGUUAGAAGAGAAAUUAGAAAUAAUAAAGCAAAGAAAUCAAGCGAAAAAAGAAAAGAUAUAUCAAACUAGAUUGGAAGCUAAUGAUAGUGAUGCGGUAAAAAGCCGAGAACCAUUGUAUGUAUCGAAAAGAGAUCUUAAAGAAAGUAUCAUCUAUGAAUCGAAUCAUGAAGCUAAAGAGGUUCAGCCUGUACCUACUCAGGAUAGUGCUAGAAGUAGCCCAUAUGAGUUGAGUGAUGCAAAUCAUUUGUCCCGACGAGAACCUGUGUAUCAAACAAAAGCUGAAGUAAUGAAUGGGGAUGCAGAGAAGUUUCAGGAAAUAGAUUUUUCCAAAUUAUAUCUAACAGAAUCUAAGACAGAUGCGGAAAAAGAAAAAACAAAAAGCUUAGAAGCUAACGUUUUGAAAGGUGAAGCAUUGUAUGCUCCUCGAUUACAUGGAAAAGCCGAACACAUAUCAAAUGCACUCAAAAUAACGUCGUCUCCAAUACCAUAUGAAUCUACAACAUCCAUGGAAACUCAGUAUGCUUCUGAAUGUAGCAUGAAUUUCGAAAACAAACCACAAAGCACGCCGUAUGCAUCGCAGGACUUGCAAGAUCGACCAAAACCGAAUCGAACUGUGACAUUCUGUGAAAAAAUUGUUGAAAAAAGUCCAGAAAUUAGCCAGGACACAUCCGAAAACACUUCAAAUAGUCGAAACGAUACAACUAUUAUAAGCAACGAUAAUACAAUUGUUAAGGUGACAACAGAAACAAGUGAGGAGAAAUCUGAAGUGGUCGAACCAGACGCACCACACACUACUUGGGGUAUAUUCGAUAGCGAAGGAGGGGUUCUAGAGGAUAGGCAUUGGGGUGUUUCCCUUAUAAUACCUCCAAAGGCAAUUGCUCCGGGGAUCAAGCAAAAGAUCUACUUUACGGUGUCUGACCCGCGAUUGAGCCAGCGCGUAGGAGGACCUCCCAUCGACAUGGAUAACGGUGAAGCAAUGCUGUCCCCACUAGUGAUGUGCGGGCCUCAGGGGCUCGUAUUUUUACGACCAGUGACACUCCGCCUACCGCACUGCGCUAAUGCCGUCCCAUCCCUAGGCCUAACUAUCAAGGCUACUGAUACAGAAGCCCAUCUUAGUACCGACUGGGAUAAUAUACACUUGCCUGCUACAACCACUCUUAAUACUGUGGCAGUUAAAGUUGACCAUUUUUAGUUGCUAACACAUUUUUUACAUUAAUAGGGCUCGAGGCUGAGAAUUUAGUCGAAACGUAAAAUAUUAGAUAAUUGACGUAAUGUUAGAAAAAUCAGAUCUUCCGAUGUGCUUUUGUAUAGGUAGCGUUGACUUCUUUGACUAAUGUGAUUCACGUAAUGUUGUCCGGCAUUCCCACCUAUAUUGCAAUUCUUUAAGAAGUGGUGCUAAAGGAUUUAAGAUAAGAAUGAGACCUAGGAAUCUCUAGAGCUUAUAGCAUUAUUAAAAGUUAAGCGAAAGUCUAUUUCAUUGUAUUUGAAAAUACUUUUUUAUUUUUGAAACGAAUUUAAAAUAGAUAUCUAAUUAAUAAGUCAUUUUCGAUGUACUCUGUAACGGACCAAUGUAAGCUUGGGGCCUAGACAAAGGUAUUUUACGGCAAACGCUGUCGAUGAACGAAUAUAACCAUGUUGAACAAAAGAUAACUUUGUCUAGGGCCGCUUCGUCUAUUGAAUGCCAAUCUGAUACUGGAAGCUACUGGAUUCAAACAUAAAAGAAAGAAAUAAGAUCACAGCUGUCUAAUAACGGAUAGAAUUUAAUUUCGAAUAGCUGUAUCAACUCUACUUUUCUAUUAUCUAUUUUGAAUUCGUAACAAAAAUGUAUAACUAAGACAUGCCUUACCAUAUUGUAGAUUAUCCUAGUUAUUCAUUCAUUAAUAUAAUUAUUUAAUCAAUAUACGCGUAUUUUUAUUGUUAAUUAGCACAGAAAUUAAACUUUGGCUUCCGUAAUGUUAAUUUUAAAAUUACUAAUUAUAGUUGUAUUCACGUAAUUUGGCCGUUGGCUAGAGUCAUAUUUAGGUAAUAGCAGUACGUUUGUAUGUAUGUUUUCUUGUUACUAGUGAAACUAUGAAUUUACCUUUGACCCAACUAUUAAAUUUUAUAUUUACUGAAA